GGAGCAGCAGGCAGCGCCUCCAGGUCCAGCUUCCCUCACCUGCAGCCGCCGCUGCCGCCGCCGCCGAGGAGCUCAGAAAGCUUCUGGCUGCUGCUGUGCUUUUUGGAGGAGGAAGGAUGCUGGGGCAAAUUUCUAAGACCGCUGCGAGGAGUGGGCGUGGCCUCGGCAGCAGUGUGUAAGCUUGUUAGGACAGAUGCUGGUUGCUUUUCAGUGAGGAACCAGCGCGGAGGGCAGGGGCGGGGGGGGGCGAGGGAGAGAGAGAGAGAGAGAGAGAGAGAGAGAGAGAGAGAGAGAGAGAGAGAGAGAGAGAGAGAGGGAAAGAGGAGAGAGAAGGGAGGAGAGAGGAGGGAGGGAAGAGGGAGGAGGGAAAGGAGGAGGAGGAGAGCGCGCGUGAGAGGAGGGAGGAGGAGGAAAGAGAGCCAGAGAGCUAGAGAUACUGAAGACCCAGUCAGUGCUGGGUGAAGGACUGAGGAGAACCUGUCUCCAGCGCUCUGAGAGCCACUCGAGAUCUUUUGGGGAGCUCAAAAAUUAUGAAUAUGGGAUCUGUCGCUGGAGCUGUUCUCAAGAUGUUACUUCUGUUGUCUACUCAAAAUUGGAACAGAGUGGAAGCUGGGAAUUCAUAUGACUGUGAUGAGGCCCUGGUGUCUGCCUUGCCUCAGGCAUCCUUCAGCAGUUCUUCUGAGCUCUCCAGCAGUCACGGUCCUGGAUUCGCAAGGCUGAAUCGAAGAGAUGGAGCUGGUGGCUGGUCCCCACUUGUGUCCAACAAAUACCAGUGGCUGCAGAUUGACCUUGGAGAGAGGAUGGAAGUCACAUCAGUGGCCACCCAAGGUGGAUAUGGGAGCUCCAACUGGGUGACCAGCUAUCUCCUGAUGUUCAGUGACAGUGGCAGGAACUGGAAGCAAUACAGACAAGAAGACAGCAUCUGGGGUUUUUCUGGAAACGCAAACGCGGACAGCGUCGUGUACUAUAGACUCCAGCCUUCAAUCAAAGCCAGGUUUCUGCGCUUCAUUCCUCUGGAAUGGAACCCGAAGGGCAGAAUCGCGAUGCGCAUCGAGGUGUUCGGGUGUGCAUACCGUGCUGGCUUAGAUGAUGGUCAGUGGCAUUCUGUCUCCUUGUCUGCUAAGAGGAAUCACCUGACUGUGGUUGUGGAUGGCCACAUCAGCCCUGCUUCUCCUUGGUUGGGGCCUGAGCAGGUUAAUUCGGGAGGCAUCUUUUAUUUUGGAGGUUGUCCAGACAAAAGCUUUGGAUCCAGGUGUAAGAGCCCUCUGGGUGGAUUUCAAGGAUGUAUGAGACUCAUCUCCAUCCAGGACAAAAUGGUAGAUCUGCUUGCAGUCCAGCAGGGCUCCCUUGGCAACUUCAGUGACCUUCAGAUAGACUCCUGUGGCAUCUCAGACAGGUGUUUGCCCAAUUCUUGUGAGCAUGGUGGUGAAUGUUCUCAGUCUUGGAGCACCUUUCAUUGUAACUGCACAAACACGGGGUACACAGGAGCCACUUGUCACAGCUCUGUCUACGAGCAGUCUUGUGAAGCCUAUAAGCACCGAGGGAACGCUUCUGGAUUCUACUAUAUAGACUCGGAUGGUAGUGGUCCGCUGCGCCCGUUCCUCUUAUACUGCAAUAUGACCGAAACGGCAUGGACCGUCAUACACCACAACGGCUCCGACUUAAUGAGAGUCAGGAACGCUCAUUCUGAGAACGUGCACACUGGGGUUUUUGAGUACGUGGCCAGCAUGGGACAGCUCCAGGCCUCCAUUAACCGGGCGGAGCACUGCCAACAGGAGCUCGUGUAUUACUGCAAGAAGUCACGGCUCGUUAAUCAGCAAGAUGGUAGCCCUCGGAGCUGGUGGGUGGGAAGAACCAAUGAGACACAGACCUACUGGGGCGGUUCCUUGCCUAUGCCUCAAAAAUGCACCUGUGGCUUGGAAGGGAAUUGCAUCGAUGCCCAAUAUCAUUGCAACUGUGAUGCCGAUCGGAACGAAUGGACCAAUGACACUGGAUUCCUCUCCUAUAAAGAACAUCUGCCUGUCACUAAGAUAGUGAUCACGGACACAGGACGGCCCCAUUCAGAAGCUGCUUACAAACUGGGGCCUCUGCUCUGCCGGGGAGACAGGCCAUUUUGGAAUGCAGCUUCCUUUAAUACUGAGGCUUCCUACCUCCACUUCCCCACAUUCCACGGAGAGCUCAGUGCAGACGUGUCCUUCUAUUUCAAGACCACGGCCCUCUCUGGGGUGUUUUUAGAGAACCUGGGAAUCACCGACUUCAUACGAAUAGAAUUACGCUCACCCACAACUGUCACCUUUUCAUUCGAUGUGGGGAACGGGCCUUUUGAACUCUCUGUGCACUCCCCCACCCACUUCAAUGACAACCAGUGGCAUCACGUGCGAGUGGAAAGGAACACGAAAGAAGCGUCCCUUCAGGUGGAUGAGCUCCCUCCAAAGAUACAAGCUGCUCCCACGGAUGGCCACGUCCUCUUACAGCUCAACAGUCAACUCUUCGUGGGUGGGACCGCCACCAGGCAGAGAGGCUUCCUAGGAUGCAUCAGGUCCCUGCAGUUGAAUGGGAUGGCCCUGGAUCUGGAAGAAAGAGCCACGGUGACUCCUGGGGUACAGCCAGGUUGUAGAGGACACUGUGGGAGCUAUGGAAAGUUAUGUCGCCAUGGAGGGAAGUGCAGGGAAAAGCCCAGUGGCUUCUUCUGUGAUUGCUCUUCCUCUGCCUAUGCAGGACCAUUUUGCUCCAAAGAGAUUUCUGCCUAUUUUGGAUCUGGGUCUUCUGUGAUUUACAAUUUUCAAGAAAACUAUUCUUUAAGUAAGAACUCCAGCUUCCACGCGGCUUCGUUUCAUGGUGACAUGAAACUGGGCAGAGAGACCGUCAAGUUUAACUUCCGAACUACACGGGCCCCAAGCUUGCUGCUCUAUAUGAGUUCCUUUUAUAAAGAAUAUCUCUCGGUUAUCAUUGCCAAAAAUGGAAGUUUGCAGAUAAGAUACAGGCUAAAUAAGUAUCACGAACCUGAUGUCAUCAGCUUUGACUUAAAGAGCAUGGCCGAUGGGCAGCUUCACCAUCUAAAGAUCAGCAGAGAAGAAGGGAUGGUCUUUGUGGAGAUUGAUGAGAAUACAAGGAGACAAACCUACUUGUCCUCAGGAACAGAAUUCAGUGCAGUCAAAUCUUUGGUACUGGGGAGGAUGCUAGAGUACAGUGAUGUCGACCAGGAGACCGCACUGGCUGCAGCCCAUGGCUUCACAGGCUGCCUCUCUGCAGUGCAGUUCAGCCAUAUUGCACCCCUGAAGGCCGCUCUACAACCUGGCCGCCCAGCCCCUGUUACCGUGACAGGGCAUGUGACUGAGUCCAGCUGUGUGGCCCCUGCUGGCACCGAUGCCACAUCCAGAGAAAGGACACAUUCAUUUGCAGAUCACUCUGGAACGAUGGACGACAGAGAGCCUCUCACUCAUGCGAUCAAAAGUGACUCUGCAGUGAUUGGAGGUCUGAUAGCUGUUGUGAUCUUUAUCUUGCUUUGCGUCUCCGCCAUAGCGGUUCGCAUUUAUCAACAGAAAAGGUUAUACAAAAGAAAUGAGGCAAAAAGGUCAGAGAAUGUAGACAGUGCCGAGGCUGUUUUGAAAAGCGAGCUUCAUACCCAGAAUGCAGUCGGUGAGAAUCAGAAAGAGUACUUCUUCUGAUUGGCAAUGGUCCUCUAACUUGCAAGGAUGAGUUCCUUUGAAUAGCCAGGGGCUCUCAGUGGAUGGGAACUGCUCUAACCCUGACGGUACAGGCGAUGGAUCUGCAGCACGGCCAUCUUUCCAUGUCCAAGCUCAGGAUGGCUCCAGGCAGCCUCCUCCAGCGAUGCGCUCCUUCUAGCCAUCAUUCUGUUAAGAAAGGAGCUCGCUAUUGGUGUCCCUUUCCAACUUCUGCACACGAUCAAAGCCAAGUUUAACUUGCUUCACGACUAUGGUUUUUCAAUGGGGGAAUCUAGCCCUUCUCUUCACUCUGUAAAACAUAUUUUGUUAGAGGUUAAGAACUCAAAAUUGGACUCUAAAUGGCCUUGCUUUCCUUGAGACCACAUGUUCUGUUUGUUUUUGUCUUCACAUGGUGUUCUUCAUGAGCCUGGAAAUGCUUCUGAGAUCCUGUUUGGCUGGUGUUUGCAUCUUCAAUGGCCAAAAGUCUAUACAUAAAGCCCCUUUGCCUUUCUCUGUAUUACAUUCAAUACAUCAAUAGUCUGAAAAAUUGUUUUCUUGUCUUUGGCUUGUUUGUAUUGCUCUUUUUCUAUUUGACUCUUUUCUGAUACUCUUUAAUGCAUUUUGUUCUGAGUGUCUGACUUUUAAACCUGAACAUGCAAUUCCUAUAUAAAAAGACUCGGAAAGUAUGGUGGUUGUUGGUAUGUGAUGUCAUGUCUCUACAGAGAGUUUCUUGUCAUUGUUUGGUGAUGACUGGUUUAGACCCUGAGCAAUUGUAAUUUUCCAGACUGUACAAUGUUUUCCAUUAAACUUGUCACAAAACAAGUCCUAACACAGCAAAAAAAUAUUUUAAUUGCAACUGUAUUACCUCAAAUAUACAUAGGAGAUGAAUUUCCCCAAACAUUAAAACAGUUAUUUCUUAGGUUUUUCGAAAGGUAAUUUCCAAAUUUUGUUUGAUCUCCCAUAACGGUUUUCUAUGGAGUAUGCUCUUAUAUAUUGGAGAAGAAGGAGAUAACAAGAGAGUGCAACUCUUCAUUCUAAUACACAGUUCUGCCACUGGUAUGAAUUUUGCUGUGCACUAACUCCAAUAUACGUACCUUGCAAUAUGAGUUAUUUUGCAAUCAAUAUAUAAAAUUAUGGAUGUUGGCUCUCUUAUUAGACUUAUGUUCAAGCAGUCAGCCUAGUCUCCCAGAGGAUGAGUAAGACCUCAGAAAGGACCAAGAAUCAGUGUUAACAUGUUCACUCGUGCACAGUGAUUAGAGCUAUGUAUACAAUGGGAGGUAGAAGCAUCAUUCUUAGCUUAUGAUACUUGUAACAAUAUGAACUUUCAGGUCAAGUGAGCAAGAUAAUUGCAUGGAAUUAUCUUUGAAGUCUAUAGGCCAAUUAAAUAAGAAAAGCACUUUGCAAUCCCUGUUCACACCUUCAGGUGCCUCCAAAGUAAAAAUUCAAUUCUGUCAUUUUUUUUGUAAAACAGAAAACUUGGAAAUAUAUAAAUUCAGCACCACUAGAAUCUUGCUUCCCAUGUUUUGUUGUUGAUGAUGUUGUUGACUCUUCUUAGAAAAUCUGCUUUUCCCAAAGCACAAGAUCCAGAUUAAUCUAACAUUAAAUACCGAGUAAAUCUUUGUCCUGACUGGACAAAGGACCUAUGUUGAUAAAUGGCAUGUAUAUGUGUGUUAAUAUGUACACAGACACACAGAUGCACACACACACACACACACACACACAGAAUGACAGAGACAGAGACAGAGAGAGACAGAGAGAGACAGAGAGGGAGGGAGGGAGAGACAGGAGAGGGAGGAAGGGAGAGACAGAGAGAGAGAGAGAGAGAGAGAGAGAGAAAGAGAGAGAGGGAGGGAGGGAGAGAGAGAAAGGUGGUGACAAGAUAGGUUUAACAUAGAAUUUGUAUCAUUUGAUGCAAAGAGGACCGCCAUUAUAACAGCUCUGAAUCCUUUAAAGUUAUGUGUUUUAUUUAGUAGCAGUAAUGACCUCACCAGUAGCUAAAAUGUGGGCACUUUUGUAGAUGGUGAAGCUGCAAAGUCCUCUGUGGUCUUCACAGUAAGGGACUGAAAUAGGAUGGCAUCAGAUUGCACUGGUACCUUAUAUGCCAUGGUUUGUAACAAAUUGCUUCCUUUUUCCUUAAUAAAAUGCAUUUUUGAAAUAAAAUGCAGAAUAUACCUUAA